CUGACAUGGAAAGGAAAAACGGAAACCAUGUUUUAUUUUGAGAUUUGUACUUUGUUCUCUAUUUUUAUGAAUUUUGUGUAAAUAUUCCGACUCUCGACAAACUUAGGAUGGAAAACUACAUAGCUAAGUUAAACGAGUAUGCACAGAAACAGCGGCUGGCGCUCCAGUUUGUGGAGGUUGGAGCUGCUGGCCCUGACCACAUUAAAACAUUUACUAUCAGAGUUGUUCUGAAUGGUAAAGCCUAUCCUGAUGCUGUUGGAAAGAACAAGAAGGAAGCCAAGCAGAACGCUGCUAAAAAUGCCUUGGCGGGCUUGUUGGAGGAAUCAGCUGAUACUACAGAAAAUGCUGCAGAAGUUUCUAAUGCAUCAGUUCAUCAGAGAAGUGGCAGUAACAUCAAGUACACCUGCUGGCUUAAUGAGUAUGGUCAAAGGAACAGGGUGAUUGUAAGGCCCGUGGAGGCUGCCAGACCUGGACCAAAUAAUGAAAAUCAAUGGUGUAACUUUUUUGUUGGUGACAAGGAGUACCCUGCAGCUUCCGGGAAAACAAGAAGGGAAGCCAAGGAGGAAGCAGCCAAGCUUGUAUAUCACGAUAUAUGUGGCACUUUAGAGACUGGAGAUGAGAAAGACAUUUUCACAUCAAGUCAGCAAAAGGAGGAAACAAAACAAAAUGUUGCAGAUGUCUGCCUUCAGAUAAAGAGUUUGGCUGUGAAACCUGAAGAUAAAAGGUUUACAGAGGUAAAUUUCAUAGGUCUUGUCAACCACUACUGUCAGAAAACAUCCCGCUCCCACACGUUUAUUGAAGAGGUUAUAUGUGGACUGCCUCAUAAUCGACAAUUUUCCUACAAAUUAGUCAUAGAUGGCAAGGAAUACCCUGUUGGUGAGGGUAACAGCAUCAAGGAAGCCAAACAAAAUGCAGCUCGAUUAGCCUGGUCUGCUCUUCAGGAACAGUCAGACUGGGACAGCAAGAUAACUAUCAAGUCAGCUGUGUCAGAUGAUAGAGCACCGUCCAAGCUGUCCACACCACCAAGCACACUGGACUCUGGUUGUCCAAAAUCAAGUAGCAGUACAACAACUACAAAUGACUCAGUUGUUUUCUCCCAGUCAUCUAACGCUUCCAAGGAGCAGAUCAUCGAUCUAAAACACGGUGGUUCUUCAAGUCACAAAGGAGUAGAAAUAAAUCAGAAUCAUGACGACAACUGUUCUAAGACAAAGAGCUUGAUGGUAAAGAAAGAAGCUGAAAUCUUUACAGAAGAGAAUUUCAUAGGACUCAUCAAUCUCUACUGUCAGAAAACAAAGCAUUGCCAUGAUUACGUCCUAGUGAGCAAAUGCGGUCCACCACAUAAUCCUCAAUUCUUCUACAAAGUAGUCAUUGACAACAAGGAAUAUCCUGUGGGUGAGGGUAAGACUAUCAAAGAGGCCAAACAAAAUGCUGCUCGGCAGGCGUGGUCUGCUCUUCAGGAACAAUCAAAUUGGGAUAAGCUGGUUUCUUGGUCAGCUGUGUCAGAUGAUGUUACACCAGUCCAGCUGUCCAGCCCAGCGAGCACACUGAUCCCACAUGAUGCAAAAUCAGAAAGAAUACCAAUGACUUCAAGUGACCCAGUUGUUUCCCCAAAGGUUCAGAGACCUUCCAAGGAACAGGAUCAAAAUCCUGAUUUAAAACCAAAAAUAAGAAUAGCAGCAAAUUUCGGUAAUGUUUCCAGACACAAAAAAAAGGAUUUGCACAACUCUGAUCUCAAAGAAAAGAGUAAAGAAAGAGGUUCCACCGAGAAAACAUCAAGUCAAGUAGUGCAAUCGAGGUUUACACUGGAAUUCGACUCUAUAGAGCGCCUUGGUAAAGGAGCCUUUGGUCGUGUUUAUAAGGCAAAACAUAAACUGCUGAAAAAAUAUUUUGCUAUUAAAAUUGUUCGCUGCAAAGAAAAGUCUCUAAGGGAGGUGGUGGCAUUAUCAGACCUCCAUCACACCAACAUUGUUCGAUACUACAAGUAUUGGCUGGAGGAUUCAGAAUACCAGUGGGACAAUACAACUGACAGUUACAGUACUUCCCAGUCUAGUAGUAAUUCAUCACAAAAGUACCUCUAUAUUAUGAUGGAGUUAUGUGAUGACAAAACACUUAAAGACUGGAUAACUGAGAAGAAUGAGAAAACUCUUGAAGAGUCUAUAAGAAGAGCAGAAAGUCUUCCCGUUAUGCAGCAAAUAGUCAGUGGAGUCGAGUGCAUUCACUCCCACAGACUCAUCCACAGGGACCUCAAGCCUACCAACAUCAUGUUUGGAAAAGAUGGAAAAGUGAAGAUUGGAGAUUUUGGUCUAGUUGCUACUGAGACUGAUGAUAAUGAUGAAAAUCAGAGUGAGAGAACAGAGAAAACAGGAACCAAGUCAUAUAUGGCUCCCGAACAGAGGACCAAAACAAGAUAUGGCUCCAAAGUGGACAUAUUUGCUCUGGGACUGAUAUAUUUUGAACUCCUUUGGAAAAUCUCUUCUGGGCAUGAAAGAGGGAAAAUUUUUUCAGGUGUCAGAAAGCAAAUUCUCCCUGAAGAAUUUACACUGAAGUUUCCAGAAGAGAACCAGAUAAUCAUGUCAAUGCUGUGUCAGAGCCCAGAAAACCGACCUGAAGCAAGUACACUGAAGGCAGACCUGGAACAGUGGGCUCAAACAUUAAAUGCACAAAGUAUGCACCUAGAAAAUGUAACUGAUUGAUCAGCACUUACUAAGUGACAUAAAUAUAUCUUUUGUUGUGGGUUUUUUUUCAUGUCAUGUCUUUUUUCAUGUUUCAAUGUCUUUGAUGUACUGUUUUUUAUGGCUAUAGCAGUUAUGUUCAGUCACUUUUUACAGAAAGUAGGAAUCAUGUUCUGUGGAAAUGUGAUUAACAUAUUUAAACUGAUGAAUUAUUACAGCCUUUGCUUUGUAAUAAAUAGACUGAUGUGGAAAAUAAAAUAACGACCAACCCGGGUGUA